GUUGUAACCCAAGUAAGUGUGAAAUAUAUUUUGGGGGUGAGUCUUGGAAAUACAAACAGAAUGCCAUUGAUCUUACUGGUUUUAAAGAAGGAGCACUUCCAGUUUGAUAUCUAGGAUUGCCUUCGCACUCGGGUAAACUCACAGAUAAGGAGUAUGAUGUUCUCAUUGGUAAAAUCACAAAGAAGAUCAAGUCCUGGAGAUCUAAGAAACUGACUUAUGCAGGGUUUCCUCUGUGCUGAUGAGUGUAGUCCAGUAUUGGUUGCAGAUCAUUAUACUACCGAAGAAGAUUUGGAAGAGAAUUCAGAAGGUGUGCCAAGACUUUCUAUGGCAUGGUGAGGAAAUAGGAAGGGAAAAGGUAGCUUGGGAGCGUAUUACACUCCCUAAAUUUGAGGGUGGUCUAGGAUUGAGAGAUCUGACAACCUGGAAUCAAGCUUGCUCACUACGACUUCUUCGGCUUAUGUUGAUGAAAUCGGCUGCUCUAUGGGUGGCCUGGGCAGUAGCUUAUCGCUGUAAAGGGGUGGAUGUGUGGCAGCUCAAGGUGAACUCCAGCAGCUCUUGGGCGUGGAGGAAAGUCCUGCUGCUUCGUCCUAAAGUGCAGCAUCUCCUCGCCAGGCAGGGGGAUAAGAUGUUUUGGGAAGGAAAACCUAUGGAGCAGUACUCAGCAAAAAGGGUUUGGACCACACUCCGUCCUAAGUGCAGCAAGCAGGAAUGGAGUAAGUUGAUAUGGGGAAAGUGUAGUAUUCCUAGAUUUAGUUUUAUUUCUUGGCUAAUAAUGAUUAAUGCUUUGACAACUCGAAGCAAGCUGUUUCGAUGGGGUAAAAUCAGUGAUGAUCAAUGUUUGCUAUGUGGAUUCAGUAGUGAGAGCAGAGAGCAUUUGUUCUUUGCAUGUGUGUUUGUGCAACAGCUUGUGCAGGUAGCUGGUGUUAGCUAGUGGUUUGUGGAACCCUGGAAAAGAGCAGUGAUGCUGGCAAGUGGAUUUGCGAAGAAGCAUAACCCAGCAGGGAGGACUAUUUGUGUGCUCUGGUGUGGCCUAUCUGCAGCAAUAUGGAGAGAGCGAUGUCGCAGAUUCCAUGGUGAGAAGCACAUGAGUGUGGAGGAAGUUUGGAGAGGCUUUCAAUAUGAUUUGAGUUGUCGUUUGAGUGGUGAUAUACUUUUGUCUUCUGAUUUUGAAAGUAUAGGUUUACUUGAUAGAUACCAUAGUUGCUGAUAGAAGAACAAAAUCAUAGUAGAUGGUGGAGAAAAGUGGAAAUAAGAAUUGCUAUUGCUGGGAAGACUACAACUAGUCUCCCAUUUCGUUGUAUCGAUUCAGGCAUCGUGAUUUGCGAUGUAAGUUUAAUGAGAAGAAUAUGGUUCAACGAAAAAAAGAAUAUAUAAACCAAAAUUUUAUAAAUUAACCCAAAAUUAUCAAUAUUUUUUAAAUUUUUUUGGUUAAUUUGAUAAUGAUAAAUAAUAGAAAUUAGGAAAAUAAUCUAAAUUAUAAUUUUUAAUAAUUUUUAGGCUAAGAAGAUUAGGAAAAUAAUCUAACAUAUCAAGUUCAUGGCCUUUGAUGUGAAGAUUAGCAAUUUCUUCAUCACUCGCAAUCUUACUAGAGGCGUACAAGGAAACAAAGAACAUUUUGAUAUGGAAAAGGAAUGCUAGGUCAACAAGGACGAAGCUUGGACCGCAAGACCUAGACAAGGCACACAUGUGCAGCCAAGAGCCCAUGUGCAUAGAGGGAUAUGUAACACGUCCUCUCAAGUGGAGACACAACAUACCAAGUUUGAAAAGAAAAUGACGACACUUAUCAAGUUUAAGACCUUUGAUGAGAGAUAAGUCAGUUGUUCAUCAUUCACAAUUUUACAAGAGGCAAUAUGAGAAGCUUAAACCUGCUCACGAACAAAAGAACAAUCCAUUUCGACAUGUUUAUUGUGUUCAUAAAAAUCGAAUUAUCAUAGAUGUGAGAGCAUAUUGAAUAUCACAAUGAAGAGGAGUAGUUGCGGCUUGCGAAUAACCAACUCUGUAAGUGACCAUCGAAGCUAAAUGAGUUUACUAACUGUUGUAGCUAUAAAACAAUACUCAGAUUCAACAAAUGAUCUUGGGGAAACUGAUUGUUUUUUCAUACGUCAGAAGACUGGGACAUUGCCAAGAAGAAUAAAAUAAUCAGUAGAGGAAUGGCGAAUUAUGGGAUACCCUCCCCAAUCAGCAUCAUAGUACACAAUCAAAGUAAGAGUACACGUGGCCACAUCUAUAUGAGAUUGAGUCAGGUUGUGGACGCCUUGGCUGAGCAAAUUGACAGCAUACUGUCAAGUAAUUAACAAUGAUCAUAUAUACAACAUACGUCCUGACUCAUACCUAACUACUCACUACCAAUCAAAAGCCAAACUUAAUUGAAGAUCGAGUGUAGUACAGGGUAAGUAAAGUAAUACAAUUAUUGAAUGGACGAGUCUCUAGAUAUACCAUUACUUCAAUUUGAUUCAUUAUCUAUUGAUUCGGUCGUAAUUGCACAUUUUUGCCCUUUUACUAGAGAUGUUUACGGCAUUUGCAUCGCCCGAUGAGCAAUUUUAUGCUAGGUUUGUGCGUGUUUUAGCAUGUUUCAGAUCUUAACAGGCGGAAUUAUCUCCAGGAUAAAAAAUCGAACGAAAGUGGGCGGAAAACGAGCAAGGAUGGACAAAGGACAUAGAUCAUGUGCAAAAGACAAUUAUCACGGGCGAGAUACCAUGAAGAUGGAGUAUAGACCAUGACAAUUGACGGAGUCUUGGAAGCUAACGUAGGAUGGCUCAUGGGCAAGUCAAAGUUCACAGUCACCAGACUGUGACAAUUUCCAUCAUUCUGUGAAGUCUAUUAGUUUAAUGGUGCGUUUCUGCCCGAGUUCAGGGGCAGACCUUCGACUUCACGAGCGUGAUAAUUGACCGUGAAAACUGCGCGACUGGAGUAUAUAAAUAAGAGGGAGCUGAAACCUAAAAGGCGGAGGUUCUAGAGUGAGAUUAACUUCUUCUUCUUCAAAUAGAGAGAGAAAGUGACGAGCAAAAGAGAGGAAGAAAAUGGUUUUGGCUUACCCAAGGAUAGAGGGUUGAAGAAUGCUUCUCCAAAGGGAGAUUCAAGCAACAAGAAGGAAUGAUAGUCAUCUCACCAUGGUUUCUUCUUCCAUCCUAGUUGUAUUCCCCUUCCUAGCUAUGGAGUAGUCUCCCUUUUUCACUUGGAUAUUGGAAACCCUAGUAUAAGAUGUGUAGUGUGUAAAAGUGGAACUCUUGUGUGAUGAUUAUGUGAUUAAUAUAAUGUUUGAGGUAUUUUUCAUGAUUCUUGAGUGAUUGUUUAUCAUAUCUCAUUGUUGGAUUGAUUUGAUCUAGGAGGAGAAAAUCCCCUCAUAGCCCAUACCUUGACAAUUUGGUUAACCCCUUCUAGGACAAUUGAGAACAAACCUCAAACAUCGAAUUGGCACAAUGAUUGUAUCAUGAUUGGUUUCCUUUCAUCGUUCCGGAUUGAUCUCCGAGGGAUUGACUUUUGCAAUCCUUAGUCAGUUAACUAAGAGAGUUAGAUUUUCUAGCUUUUUGUGAUACCCUUUAGUUGAUUGAUUAGUAGAGUUGGGUUUCCCAACUAAUUGCAUCUUCUUCAUGGUAUCUAAUCACACUCGAGUUCCAUUGAUCGCAUCUUAGCACAAGAGUAGGGUGAACAAUAUGCCGGGUGAAGUCUUCUCACAUUGAUUGGGAGGCAACCCAGCCGAGCUUGACCCACCACCCAAUAUCAACCAAUGCGUUGAAUCUCCGAGGCACGAACACCACCGUAAUCCAAAGAGAAGCAUGGAGACACCAAAUGAUCCGCGCCAGCAAAGCUCGACAGUGCCAAGGCCAAAGAGAAUGUGGUGAUGUAUUUUAACUACUUUUCAUAAUAUGAAAACACAUCAUGAAUACAUCAAUAAAUUCUAUGUUAUUUCAUUACAUUGAAACUACCUAAACUAAAAUUCUGGCAAUAUCACUAUCUAUAAGGCGUAGAUUCAUUAACAACUUUUUUAACGAAUUAAUGCUGGUUAAACUAGUAAAAUAUGAGUUGUUCUCUAUAUCGAUUCAUAGUCCAUUCAAUUUUCAGAACAUUGAUUUUAUGGCUAAUUAAUGCAGUCAAAAUCG